AUGAACAACAACAACAACAGCACCAGCGGUGAUGAUCAUCUGCUGGCCUCACAUACCGACGUCCGUCAUCUAAACGACUAUGAUAACAGAGCCUUCCAGCACACAAUCACGGGUAACAACAAUAACAACAACAAUAACUGUGUUGGCAUUAAAUCAACAGCAGCUGAUUCUGCCAUCUCAAUUCCAGAUCCAGAUGAUCUCAAUGCAAUUUAUGUGGCGGAGCGUACGUGUCGCCAUCACCGUAACAAACGACAGCGACACAAUGCCACCCAAACACCAGAUCUGGGUUAUCCCAGUUGGAAGCGACAACAUCACACCGCCGCCGCUGAAAUGGACUGCUGUGCGAAGAGUUGUUGUUGCUAUUGUUGCCACUGCCAUUGUCAUCCGCACCAUCAUUGUCAUGGGGCUCCAGCGACAGCGACGUUACCGACGACAAUCCUUCCUCACAACAACCAAAGACAGAAAAAGCGAAUAACAGCGGCAAAGAGACUUCCAGAACUGCCAUCGAGCAAGCACCUAAAGCUCGCACCAGAGUCUUCCCAAUCUUUGUCCAGUCCAGACGAUGUUCGAGAGUGCGGACAGCAUCAUCGGAAUUUGCAUCAUCGCCACCCACAGCGACGACAACACAAAUGCCGACUUCCAGAAAAAAUUCCAACUGGUGGCACAAUCGCUAUUGAAAUCGAUGCCGCCACACUCACCGAUGACAUCAGCUGCUGCAGUAGCAUAAGUAACCAUUCGUUUGCAAUAGCCAUGGCAAACGAAACGACCAACAGCAAGGACAUUCUGGUCCAUUGUAGCGGUGACAAUCAUCACCCUCACGAGCAGCAGCAGAAGCACAACCAUCAACGUAGGCGGAAAAGCCGACCAAAAGCCCAUCAUUGUGAGCCAUCUAGUCAUAUAGACACGGUUUGUUCCACGCCAUCAACAACAACCGAGGACGAAGUUAUUGUUGUGCAACGAAAAUGUAAGCGCGGUCAAUACAUACCUCGUCGACAGGACACAAUCGAUGGAGCCGCCGAUGUCGAAGAGGACGAAGACGAAAACGAACACGAGGAAAAAUUGACCAGGACGAGAACGUGCUGCGACGUCAGCUGUUGCAGAGUCAACGAAAGUGUAAAAAUAAAACGUAAACAGUUCAACAACCGUAACCUUAACUACUGUAGUAGUUGCAGCAAGUGUAGUAGUUGUAGUUGUUGCCAACAGGAACUGGAUGGAGUGUUGCAUAAAGCGUGCAGCUUCAGUAGCAGUCUCAGUCAUAUUGAGGACGAUGGCGGGGUAGAGGGUGACGAUGAAGUGUGUUCGCGUUGCGAUGCUAAAGGCGACGACAGUGAUGCGGCAGCUGACCACAGCAGCAGUCAACAGAGUGCGGAGAGCUUCUGCUCCUGCAACUCAACCAGUCGCUGCUAUUGCAGUUGCAGUUGUGACGAAAGUGAUACCAUUCGCAAAGACUCUGCAAGCACAACUCCGGCCACAAUGUCGGAUGUCUCGACUCCAGUCGAAGCCCCGUACGAAGGCAACUUUGGCGAAGACGCUUUCAGCAUGGCCGGAAAAUCUUCGGUUUCCCAAUCCGAAUACUUCUCGCUGUCCUCGGACAAGCCGCCAUCACAUAGUGUGGCCUCGACGCCGGCGUCGCCACCAGACUCAGUGAUGCCCAGCCCACCGGCACUCCCUCGCAAGCAUUGCAAACACUACAGCAAGCAUCAUCGGCACAAGACGAUAGACGUCAACUCACUGUUGCAGCAAACCAUCCGCAAGUCGGCCAUUCUCCAUGAGACACUCUCCGUCGCACCCAAACCACCUGCUUCCGCCUUCUGCGGCAGCGAGGACUCUUCCACCCUCACACUCACGCCGUCGCUAACGACAAUUGCCAAAUUUCCACCUUCCACUGAGAAUAAUGUGGCGACAGCUGUGGCCGUUGCCACCAUCCAUCCUACGACGAAUGUUAAUAUUGGAGUGAGUACAGUGGUCACAACGGCCACCACCUCGACCAGCUACCAUCAAUCGCAUGCUCUGCACCAUCCACGCAGCAAUGUUCCACGAUCGGCAAAGCUUUCGCCAGUCGCUGCAGCAGAAGCAUUUGGGUGUGAUCCAAUGCUAAGAUCUGCUGAAAUCAUUUUAUAG